GAACACUAAUUCAUAUUGUUCGCGCUUACCUUUCUUCCUCGCUCGUGAGCGCACAGCUGCAACCCUUAUUCCCUGAAUCCCUUCGCACGCGCUCUACAAUCCAGCAAACCGCAGCCGCGCCUCCCCUUAUUCUUCCAGCGCCGGCAACUCCUAUUCUCUUCCACGCGCGCGUCUCGGUCUCCCAUUUCCCGAUCACAGACCAUCGGUUCCAUCCCAGAACCCUGCGCCGGACGCCCUCGACCACACAGGCCAAGUCUAGCGACUUCUACCCAACCUCAAGUUCUACUUCCUUCAUUUCGGCGACCUUUUUCGACUGCUUCGAGAGUCCAGCAAGCCUGAGCCAGAAGGAACAUUGCCUUGCCGCCAAGAAUCCGGCGACUUCUUCGGACGAGUACAGCAGGGAAUUUGUUAUUAUCAAUAUGGCUGGUUAUUGGAGUGCCAAAAGUUCAAUUAAAUUCCUCGUGGAAACAAAUAUUCUUGGGAACAUUAGACAAGGUUAUGCUACAUGGGCGUGUAGGGGAAAUAGACUGGUUCGAGAGAGAGAUUUUCCCAUUCCUUUUUCUUUGAACUCAUCCACUAUUAGAUGGUAUUCUUUAGAAGUUUCUGCUUCAGAGCAGUUGAAUCUUAUUAAACAGCUGAGGGAGAGGACAAGCGCUCCAAUUAAACAUGUGAAAUCUGCUCUUGUUGAUUGCAAAUGGGAUAUUGAUGCUGCACAAAAGGACCUACGAAAAAAAGGAGUGGUUCUCGCUUCAAAAAAAUCAUCUAGGACUGCAGCUGAGGGUUUGCUUGCAGCGGCACAUUCUGAUAAUAGAGCUGUCAUUAUCGAGCUUAAUUGUGAGACAGACUUCGUUGCUAGGAAUGAUGUAUUUCAACAUUUGGCUUUGGCUGUGGCUAGAACUGCUUUAUCACGUGCUGGUCCUGUACAAGAGGUUCAAGAGGCCUUUCAUUUUGGUUCUGAAUACAUGCAGAACAUGAAUGUUGACUUGAGUCAUCCAAAACUUUCGGGCGAAACUACAGUGCAAAGUGCAAUAACAGAAGUUGCUUCCAUGGUUGGUGAAAACGUAAAGCUUAGAAGAGGAAUUACACUAUCUACUUUAUCACAUGGGGUUGUCUGCUCUUACCUUCACUCUUGCCCUCAACCAGGUUUGGGCCGUAUUGCGGGAAUGCUUACUAUUGAAGCGGAAGAUAGCAAUGCUUCAUUAGAGUCUCUUAGAAAGGUUGGCUCCUCAUUAGCGAUGCACAUUGUGGCAGCAAAGCCAUUGUUCUUAUCAAGGGAACAUGUUUCUUCUGAAGCAAUAGAAAGUGAACGAGACAUUCUUAAAUCUCAGGCUGAAAGCUCUGGAAAAUCUCAAAUUGCUAUGGAAAAGAUGGUGGAAGGUCGUCUCAGGAAAUACUUUGAAGAGGUAGUUUUGUUGGAGCAAAAGUUCGUUAUGAAUGAUGGUAUUAACAUUAAGUCUUUGCUCGAUGACUUGUCAAAAGAAGUUGGAUCUUCAGUGAAGAUUGGCAGUUUUACGAGAAUUGAAGUUGGUGAGGGGAUUCAAAGGAUUGAAGCUUCUGAUUAACUUUAAAUUGCUGCUUCUAAUGGAUAAUUACCUUUAGUUUUAUUUAAUGAGGAAAAAAUUACUGUGCUAUCUAAUUGUAAGAGGCUGUUUGUUUUUAAUUUUUUUUCAAAUAUUUAUUAUAACUUUAAAAUUGUUUAUUAUAUUUCUUUCUGAAACUUUUGUGUAGAAAAUUGUUCACACCAUUGAGAUAAUAAGAAAGAUUAUUUAGGGGAA